CACAAUUGUUGAACGAUGCCAGAGACAGAGACGACCAGCAGCAGCAGCCCCAAGAAUCAGCACGAAGAUCACUUUCCCAAGCCACAGCCACAGCCACAGCAGCAGCAGCAGCAGAACUUUUCCUUCUCCAGCAGCUAUCCCUAUGCACCAGGACGCACCUCCAACUCCAAUUCCAACUCCAACUCCAACUUGAACAAUUCCUACAACGUGCAACGCUAUCAGAGUCCCUACAAUUUCCAGCACGUGGUGACGAACGCCUUCUCCGUGCUGCAGCCUCAUCCCUCGGAGGAUCUUGCUCUCAAUCCGCGACCACAGCAGGCCAUAGUGCGUCCCACACGGCGACAGGAGGUGCCGCUCGAACCGGAACCAUCCGUGGACCAUGUAGAUCCCCCUCGAUCCUUCUUCUCGAGGAGCAACCAGGAGGUGCGCAGCUUUGCGGAUGAGUUGAGCCACAAGCUGCGUUUCCUGGCGCCGGAGGAGAACUACGGUGGCGGCAUCAGCAGCAUCGGCGGCAUCACCGGCGCCUGGAUGGCCGCCCGUCACUCCGGCGACAUGACACAGCGUCCGCGCUUCGAGACGACUGUGCCCACCGGCAUCUUUCUGCCGCCGCCCCACGAAGUGCAGAUGCUCCCAGCCUCGAUGCUGCGGCGCCAUGUGUAUGCCUACUCCUCGUACCCCAUGAUCCUGCAGAGCUACUACUCGAAGGACCCUCUCAAAUCGCCCAAUCCCGGGGAAAAGGAGCCCAAGGCGGUGACUGCCACACGAUUGAAUGGGUUUCGUGCCACCGCUGCCGUUGCAGCAGCCACUGCGGCAGUGGCAGUGGCAGCAGCUCCAGUGGCAGCGGCCCCCAAGGCCCCCUCCACCGAUCAAACGCAAUCCCUGGCCGGUGGUCUUCACAUAACGAAGGCCCAGUUCCAGCAGCAACUGCAGCAGCGUCGCGGCACCAGCGACAAGAGAGCCGUUGUGCCGCCGCCAGAGCCCUACAAGAACGUCAUGUACGACCGUCGUGUCAUAAAAGGCAGCAACUUUGGCAACGCCUCCAUGGUGGCGGAUGUGGAUCCCUUCGACAAGGCCGCGGAAAUUAAGCGACGCAAUAUGCUACGAAAGCGUUCGAUCCAAUGCAGAAACCAGAGGAAUGUCCUGGGCACACCACCGCCGGUGAAGGGCCGCAAACACGAGACUAUUCAGACAGAGAAGUAUUUGGAGAAACUGGGACAGCGUCCACCCGAAUUCACGGUGGACACGCAAACGGAUCUGUUUUUGGAGAAGCCGCCAACACCGCCAUUCAUCGCCGCGAAGGUGGGCGUCGAUGUGGGCACCGAAAUCGGCGAGGGCGAGCUCUUCCACUUCGAUGCCGAGGCACAGCCCAUUAUUGAUGUCCUGGUGGAUGCCUGCAUCGAGCAGAGCAUGCUGGAGGUCGCACACGAGAUGGAAUUGGACAGUUUGCGCCGCAAGCAGGAGGAAUUCCUCGCCCAACGCGAGGUGGAGCUUGCCGAACUGCGGCGCCUGGAGGCUGAGGAGAUGCGUCUGCGUGCCGAGAAGGAGCGCCGCCUGCGGCAGGAUGCCAUUGCUAAGGAACUCGACGCCGAGAUGCAGAAGAGCGUGACGGCAGCCAAGCUCUUGCAGGGCCACAUUGCCAGUCUGGUGCCCGAGGUCCUGGAGAACAUCGAGCCGGCCAGCGAUGCCGUGAAGAAGGAGCAGCUCAUGAAGAGCAUCUGUCCCUGGCUCUCGGCGGAGGUGGCCGAGGAGGUGGGCCACAUUGUGGACUCACGCGAGAUCCUCACGGCCAUCAUACAGGAGAUCAUCAAGCAGCGCGCGGAGGUGUAUGCCGGCUAUCGCGAAGACUUGUCCGAGGCCACCACACUCACGACGGAUGUUUGCGAGGAAGAGGGUUGCAUGGUCGACGAGAUGGAGGCGUGUCCGUGCGAGACCGGAACCGAGGAAGAGUGUCCCACACCGCCGCCGGAGCCUCCGCAUUUGUGAGCACUUCGCAAAAUGCUGCAAAAUGAUUUUUUUUGUUUAGAUUUAGUUAAGAUUUUAAGUUGAACAAAAAGCGGCCCCUCCCAGACACACAUACACACAAGACAAAAAGACACACAUCCAUACAUAUAUACAAUACCCAAAAUAACCGCUAUGAUGGACAUGAUCGAACAUGCACCGCCGUUUUGCGGUUGUGUCUGGCGGUUGUGCUGCCUCUGGUAUCGCGGCAGCCGGCUGCCAAACACAAUUGCAGUGCAGCGGUGAAAUUUCAAAUUGUAACAAAUAUUGUUAAAGGUUUUUAUGUUAUUGAAAAUUCAACGAAAUAAAGCUCAAGAAACCACAAAAAAA